GCCGUAGUUGGAGGAAGCACCGGCCGUGAGGCUUUGUGGGAGAAGAUGGCGACCGCCGUCCGCUCCCGGGUUGUCAGAUCACUGCCAAUGUCACGUCCGGCCAUUACUGCAGCAGCAACCUCUGUGUUCAGUGGCCCACGUCAUCGCCAGCUUCAUCAUGCUGUCAUACCUCAUGGGAAAGGUGGCCGCUCGUCUGUCAGUGGAGUUGUGGCCACUGUUUUUGGAGCAACAGGGUUCCUGGGCCGAUACGUUGUCAACCAUCUUGGACGAAUGGGAUCACAAGUGAUCAUACCUUAUCGAUGUGAUACAUAUGACAUCAUGCACCUUCGCCUUAUGGGUGACCUGGGCCAGCUUAUCUUUCUGGAAUGGGAUGCGCGAGACAAAGAUUCUAUCCGGAAGGCAGUGCAGCACAGCAACGUGGUCAUCAAUCUCAUUGGGCGGGACUGGGAAACCAAAAACUUUGAUUUUGAAGAUAUUUUUGUGAAGAUUCCUCAUGCAAUAGCACAGGCAUCCAAGGAAGCUGGAGUUGAGAGAUUUAUUCAUGUUUCACACCUGAAUGCCAAUAUGAAGAGUUCUUCUAGGUACCUGAGAAGCAAGGCAGUGGGAGAGAAGGACGUGUUAAGUGCAUUUCCUGAAGCCACCAUCAUACGGCCUUCUGACAUCUUUGGAAGGGAGGACAGGUUCCUCAAUUACUUUGCAAAUAUUCGUUGGUUUAUCGGUGUGCCUCUCGUUUCCUUGGGCUUUAGGACAGUGAAACAACCUGUAUAUGUUGCGGAUGUUUCCAAAGGGAUAGUUAAAGCGGUUAAAGAUCCAGACACCAGAGGAAAAAUCUUUGCCUUCACCGGGCCAAAUCGGUACCUCCUCUUUCAUCUGGUGCAGUACAUUUAUGGCAUGGCCCAUAGGACCUACAUCCCCUACCCCUUGCCAGCAUUUGUCUAUAGGUGGAUUGCCAGAUUCUUUGAAAUGAGUCCAUUUGAGCCUUGGACAACGAGAGACAAAGUGGAGCGGAUGCAUAUCUCAGAUGUGAUGGCGUCUGACCUGCCGGGCCUGGAAGAUCUUGGCAUUCAGCCCACACCGCUGGAACUCAAGUCCAUUGAGGUGUUACGGCGGCACCGCACUUACCGCUGGCUGUCUUCUGAGAUCGAGGAAACAAAGCCUGCCAAAACAGUCAACUAUUAGUGUCAUCCAGGCACCUAUGUUCUUUAAAGGAUCUUGUAUGUAGUAAAUGAGGCCACUCUAUUAAAUAUCUAUGAUUCA